AUGCCUAUCAACAGAAUUCUGGCGAUCCACCACCUUGGUUGGAACUUGUGUCUAGUCGCGUUGGCUGUCAUUACCAUUUUGGGCACCACUCACUACUACACUCAUCCAUUCCACGAGCAGCUAGACCAGCCUGAAGAGCUGGACAAGCCUAGGGAUGACAUGGAAUUGGUCCGUUCUGUCAUGGCAUCUGUAGUCCAGGAGUGUCAACUCCAGCCUAUGAUUGAGACUAUGGCUGAACUUCAAGCCGCGCUCAUGAACCAACGCUCGCCUUACGAUUGGGUCUUUCUCAGCAACGAAGAUCUGACAGAUGACUUCAAGGAAACAAUUUCUAAGUUCUCUAGAGGUUCCAAGGUCUUGUACCAGAUCAUCUCUGAGGACAUGAAGGCCCACCCCGGUCCUGGCCCCGAGUCGCUCAACGAUGGCAAUCACACGAACGUCAACUCAACCCGCAUUGUGACUUCACAGAUGAUCGCCAACUACGAGAUCCUUCAGGACUAUAACUGGCUGAUGAUGGUGUCUCCUGGAUCGAAAUUCCCGACUGUAUUCGAUUAUGACAUCUUCUAUGAGAUGCAGAACCGCGGAAUAGUCUACGGUUAUGGCAAGCCGGACUACAUUGAUGACGGUGAUAACCACCAUGCCGGCCCGAUUGACCAGCAGCGCUGCCAACCCGUGGAGUACCCGCAGAAUGUUGGCAGCAUUCCGUGGACGUCUGAACUCGCUGAAGUCGAUGACCUCGACGAAGCUGGCGACUUCGAUGAUGAGCAUGUCCUCGGGGGAAAGCGCAAUAAGGUCAUCUUCAACGGUACAAUGCGACUCGGCGGCCACGAGGUUCCUCUCAAUGGGGCCGACACCGACGCGGAGUCUCUUUGGUCUACGGGACUUGUCCGCGGCCUGGGCAUGCCUGGAGCCAGUUUUGAGAUCGCUUUCCUCGAUAUUUUCCGAGAUCCUUCAUACUCGGAAAUCUCCAAGGUGGUUGGUCGUAUCACUGCUGGCGCACCCGGCGUGGCGGCUCGGCGUCAGCGUACCUCUGGAGUCUUUAUCGUCCUCGACGACUCGUCGAGAAGCCUCUCUGCUCUGCAUGCCCACUAG